GGCCCUCGGCCUAACUUGUUUGUUUUUCCACAAAACAAACUCAUUUCUCCCAAAACUUCCAAAAAGAAACGAGGGAAUGGGAAGCUGAAUUGUUCCUCUUCCUGAUUCCUCCCACUUCCGGAUGUGCUCGCUCACUACUCUCCCAAACUCCUCGCAUCUUUUUGGUCAAAUUGCUCAACGCUUAAAACCUCCCUUCUCAUUUCUUCAUUUCCUUUUCUCUCUCUGCGAUUUCUCAUUCAAAUCACCAAUUAUUCUUCCUCUGUUCUCUCUCCUUAAUUUAUCAAGUUUGGCUAGAUUGUAGUCGUGGCACAUUAUGGAUGGAAGCAGAGAUUCAGGAGGUAGAGUUUUCCGGAACAGGGAGCGGCCAUCAUAUGCACCAUACCAAAAGGACCACAAGAGUUUUAGGCAAAACUAUUUAUGUAAGAACUGCAAGCGGCCUGGGCAUUUUGCUAGAGAAUGUCCAAACGAUUCAGUGUGCAACAACUGUGGGCAGCCUGGGCACAUGGCUGCGGACUGUAACUCAAAAACAAUGUGUUGGAAUUGUAAAGAACCAGGGCAUCUGUCUACCGAAUGCAAGAAUCAACCAAUCUGCCACUCCUGUGGGAAGAUGGGUCAUCUGGCUCGUGAAUGUCCAAAAUCAAGCGAUCCUAGAGUUUGCAGCAACUGUUUCCAGCCAGACCAUUUGGCAGUAGACUGUAUCAAUGAAAAGGCAUGCAACAAGUGCCGAAAACCUGGUCACCUUGCUCGUGACUGUCUCAAUGAGCCCAUUUGCAACAUCUGCAAUUUAAUUGGACAUGUGGCCCGACAGUGUCGCAGUCCAGCACUUCCUCCUCCAUAUCCACCGCCACCCAUGCUUGGUGGCCCACCACCUAUUCCUCCGCCAAUUGUAGGGGGCCCAUUGUAUGACAUUUACUGUCGAAAUUGCAGACGUCCUGGCCAUAUGAGUCAUCAAUGCAUGUACAUGAUCAUGUGUGGUACCUGUGGCAGCCGUGGUCAUCGGGGAUUUGAGUGUCCUUCAGGUCCAAUGCUUGAUAUGGUCUAUCGUCGAUUUUGACAAUCUCCUGAAAUAUGAAUAGUGGAGUUAUAGUUUUUUCUUUCAUCUUUGCUUUGUUAGUAUACAAGUACAGAGUUGUGAACUUUUUCUUUUAUCAAAGAGGUUAUGGUCUAUCACCUCCCCCA